CCACUUUUCCCUUUUCUUCAUUUUUUGAGCCUCUUGCUUUUGCAAGUGCUCCGUGGUUCACACCCAAACCACCGGAACCGCCUUGCGACCAUCUUAAUUCCCGUUUUUCCUUCGCGCGUGCGUGUCGCCGCCAUAGCGCAAAGAUGGGCAACUUCAAGAAGGAAGCGAACAGGAAGGACCGCCAGGGGAAGACGGGCGAUGGCAUGAACAAUGUCAAGACCAAGGGCGAGAACUUCUAUCGCUCUGCGAAGAAGGUCAAGACCCUCAACAUGUUCAAGGAUGGCAAGGCGCAGAGGAAUGCUCGUGGUGACAUCACAAAGGCUGCGUCCUACCAGUCGAGAGACAAGCCCCAGGCUCGCAUCGAGCCUAACAGGAAGUGGUUCACGAACACCCGUGUCAUCAGCCAAGAGUCACUUGCGGCCUUCCGCACCGCCAUCAACGAGCAUGCGUCCGACCCGUACUCGGUCCUUCUCAAGUCCAACAAGCUGCCCAUGUCCUUGAUCAGAGACGGUCAGGACAAGGACACCAAGCAUGGUAUCAAGCAGCACCAGGCUAAGAUGACGGUCGAGACUUCGCCUUUCAGCGACACCUUUGGGCCCAAGGCGCAAAGGAAGAGGGUGAAGCUCGGCGUGUCCAGCAUUGAUGACCUGGCAGGUGAGACUGUCAAGUCUCACGACGACUACCUCGACCGCUUGGAGCAGCAGCUGCUCUUGAGCGGUAACUCGGGCGCCGGAGCAGAGGAGGGUGGUGACGGCUUUGAGAUGGGCAGCACCUCCACCGCUCGCGAGGCGAUCUUCUCCAAGGGCCAGAGUAAGAGAAUUUGGAACGAAUUGUACAAGGUCAUCGACUCCUCGGACGUCAUAAUACACGUUCUGGAUGCGAGAGACCCUCUUGGCACGCGCUGUCGAUCAGUUGAGAAGUACAUCAGGGAGGAAGCUCCCCACAAGCACUUAAUCUUCGUACUGAACAAGUGCGAUUUGGUGCCGACUAAGAUUGCUGCCGCUUGGGUGCGCUUCCUGUCGAAAGAUUACCCUACUCUUGCUUUCCAUGCGUCGAUCAACCACAGCUUUGGAAAAGGCUCGUUGAUCUCGCUCCUCCGCCAAUUCUCCAUUCUUCACUCCGACCGGAAGCAAGUCUCUGUCGGUCUGAUUGGCUACCCAAACACGGGCAAGUCGUCCAUUAUCAACACGCUGCGCAAGAAGAAGGUCUGCACGACGGCGCCCAUUCCCGGUGAGACCAAGGUCUGGCAGUACGUGACGCUCAUGAAGCGGAUCUAUCUCAUCGACUGUCCUGGUAUUGUCCCACCCAAUGGCAACGACACCGAUGCGGAUCUGCUGCUGCGCGGUGUCGUUCGUAUCGAAAAGACCGAGCACCCCGAGCAGUACGUUGCGGCGGCGUUAGGAAAAUGCAAGAAGCAGCAUGUCCUCCGGACGUACGAGCUUCAGGACUACCAGACGCCAACCGACUUCCUUGAGCAGCUGGCUCGGAAGGGUGGAAGGCUGUUGAAGGGUGGUGAGGCAGAUCUGGAUGGUGUUGCCAAGAUGGUGCUGAACGAUUUCAUGCGCGGCAAGAUUCCUUGGUACACUCCGCUGCCGGCUCAGGAGGGAGAGGACGCCAGUGACAUGGCCGGCCGCGAGGGCCGUCUUGGUGAAAUGCCCCGCAAGAGGAAGCGGGAUGAGGAGGCGGCGGCGGCGGCGGCGAAUGGUGCUGAGAACCAGGAGGCCGAAGACGAUGAUGAUGACGAUGAGGAAGAUGACGACUUUGAGAGUUUUGAAGACGACGGAGACGAGGACAGUGAAGAGGAUGAGGAUGACGAAGAGGGUGCCGAUGCCGCUACUCUGGUCGGCGAGGAGGUUGAUGGUGACGAGGAUGAGGAUGACGAGGCCGUCGAGGCCGAUCUCGCCAGGAUAUCGGAAGCGUUGUCGGCGGCGAAGAAGAGAAAGAAGAACUAGAUAGCUUGCUUGACGGACUGGCAGCGUGCCAAGUGCACCCCACAAUUGAGAUACCCCUUGUGCAAUGCCACAGCCAUUCCGCAGUUUUUUCGCAUCG